CUGGAGCCGGGGCGCGACGUGGACCUGGAGCAGCUGGAGCAGGAGGACUGCCUGGAUGGCUGGGAGUUCAGCCAGGACGUCUACCUGUCCACCAUCGUGACCGAGUGGAACCUGGUGUGUGAGGACGACUGGAAGGCCCCGCUCACGGUCUCCUUGUUUUUCGUGGGUGUGCUGAUAGGCUCCUUCAUUUCGGGGCAGCUCUCAGACAGGUUUGGUCGGAAGAACGUGCUGUUUGUGACCAUGGCCAUGCAGACAGGCUUCAGCUUCCUGCAGAUCUUCUCCAGGAACUUUGAGAUGUUUGCCGUGCUGUUUGUCCUUGUAGGCAUGGGCCAGAUCUCCAACUAUGUGGCAGCAUUUGUCCUGGGAACAGAAAUUCUUGGCAAGUCCAUUCGUAUUAUAUUCUCUACGUUAGGAGUGUGCAUAUUUUAUGCAAUUGGCUACAUGCUGCUGCCACUGUUUGGUUACUUCAUCAGAGACUGGCGGAUGCUGCUGCUGGCGCUGACAUUGCCGGGGCUGCUGUGCGCGGUGCUCUGGUGGUUCAUCCCCGAGUCCCCCCGAUGGCUCAUCUCUCAGGGACGAUUUAAAGAGGCAGAGGUGAUCAUCCAUAGGGCUGCCAAAAUCAAUGGGAUUGUUGCACCCUCAGCCAUCUUUGAACCAAGCGAGCUACAAGACCUCAGUUCCCAGAAGCCGCAGUCCCACAGCAUUCUGGAUCUGCUCCGAACCCGGAACAUCCGAAUGGUCACCAUCAUGUCCAUAAUUCUGUGGAUGACCAUAGCAGUGGGCUAUUUCGGGCUCUCCCUGGACACCCCUAACUUGCAUGGCGACGCCUAUGUGAACUGCUUCCUGUCGGCAGUGGUGGAAGUCCCCGCGUACGUGCUGGCCUGGCUGCUGCUGCGGCACCUGCCCCGCCGCUACUCCAUGGCCACCGCCCUCUUCCUGGGCGGCAGUGUCCUCCUCUUCGUGCAGCUGGUGCCCCCAGACUUGUAUUAUUUGUCCACCGUCCUGGUGAUGGUGGGCAAGUUUGGAGUCACUGCUGCCUUUUCCAUGGUCUACGUGUACACAGCCGAGCUGUACCCCACCGUGGUCAGAAAUAUGGGCGUGGGAAUCAGCUCCAUGGCGUCCCGCCUGGGCAGCAUCCUGUCUCCCUACUUCAUUUACCUUGGUGCCUACGACCGCUUCCUGCCCUACAUUCUCAUGGGAAGUCUGACCAUCCUGACAGCCAUCCUCACCUUGUUCCUCCCAGAGAGCUUCGGCAUCCCCCUCCCAGACACCAUUGACCAGAUGCUAAGAGUGAAAGGAAUAAAAUACAGGCAAACUCCAAGCCACACAAGGAUGUUAAAAGAUGAUGAAGAAAGCCCCACAGUCCUUAAAAGCACAGCCUUCUAACAACCUCUAGUGAGUGAGAAAGUGAAGAGGAAAGACUGGUCUUGUCAGAAACUGUGUAGACGCUGAGUCCUUCAGCGACAGGGUCUUUGCUGUUCAUUCCGUUGACCCUUUGUCUGACAUGCUCGCGGAUGGGCACCUGGGCUCAGAGGCUGCGUGCGGUCCUAGGGCGCCACCUUCCCUCCAGCGACACCGUGGCUACUGACAGACAACUUCAGAGAAGUCCUAACAUGAUGGACGGAGCACUUCCUAAGAAGUGAACUAGAACCAUUGGGAUUUGGAAGAAUAUAAGAGGCAUCUGCUAAAUUUACAUUUUAAUUUCAGACUUCCUGAAAAGGCCUCCUAAUAAAACUGGAGGUCUAAAUCCCA